AUGACGCAGAGGCGAUGUAUGUAAGUGCUGGGCGAUACGAUAUGGUCAACAAAAUUCACCAAGCCCAGAAUGCCUGGAGCCAGGCUUUCGAAGUUGCUUCGCGGUAUGAUAGGAUACAUCUGAGAAACACACACUAUAAUUAUGCAAAAUAUCUGGAAAGAGCUGGAGCUCUAGAGCCAGCCAUUGAAAAGGAAUUGCAUGCAUGGUGGGCGCGAUAUCUAGAAAGUAUCGGAGAGCUGGAAGGUGCAAUGGGUUUCUACAGCGCAGCCAAAGAUAAUCUGUCUCUAGAGAACUUUUUGACUUUUCAGGCCGCUAAUCUAGCGCUGGAAACGAAAGACAAAGCAGCUUGCUUUCAUGUUGCUAGAAUUUUCGAAGCCGAGGGUGAUUACUCGAAGGCUGUUGACUUCUAUACCAAAGCACACGCAUAUAAUAGUGCUAUACGGCUGGUCAAGGAGCACGAUAUGCGAGAUUUGCUAGCAAAUCUAUGUCUGAUGGCUGGAGGUAGUGAAAUCGUGGAAGCAGCUCGGUAUUUUGAAGAUAUUCCUGGUUAUACCCAUCAGGCAGUAAUGCUGUAUCACAAGGCUGGUAUGAUAGGUAGAGCGCUGGACCUCGCAUUUCGAGCUGAACAAUUUAGCGCUUUGGACCUUGUAACCAAAGAUCUACAUGCAGGAUGUGAUCCGAACGUCCUAAAGCGUGCAGCAGAGUUUUUCGCAAACAAUCAAAAUUACGAAAAGGCUGUUGAACUGUUGUGUUUGGCCAAAGACUUUCGCCAAGCAAUUGAGCUUUGCCAUAAUCACAAUGUAAGGCUGACCGACAAAGUGGCUGAGCUUAUGACCCCUACCAAAGGUAUGUAAUA